AUGGCGAGGAGCAAGGUGAGGCUGGUCAGGAUCGCCAACGAUGCUAUCCGCCGGGCGACGCUCAAGAAGCGGCUCAAGGGCCUGAUGAAGAAGGUGCGAGAGCUGACGGUGCUCUGCGACGUCGAGGCGGCGGCGGCGGUGUAUGAUCCGCAGCACCCCUUGCGCCCGGCGGUGUGGCCGUCCCGCCGCGACGCCGAGCUCACGUUCCGACGCUUCAGGGACAUGCCGGACAUCCAGCGACGCCGGAAGGUGUCAAGCCACGAGACGUUCCUCCUCGAGCGCGUCGCCAAGCUGCGCGACCAUCUCCGCCGCCUGAUGCGGGCCAACCGCGAGCUCGAGAUGUCGGUGCUCCUACUCGAGGGCCUCUUCGGCCGGAGCCUCCUCGACGUCAGCAUCGAGGACGCCUCCACGCUCUCGCAGCUCGUCGACAGCAAGCUCCGGGAGAUCGCCUCGAGGCGGGAGGAGGUCGUCCGGCGACUUUCCAUGGCCCCUCCGCCGCCUCCUCCUCCUCCUCCUCCUCCUCAGGCGGUUCCUACACUUAUCCCUCUACCUCUACAGCAGAGCAUCAACUGGCCGCCGCUGCCUCCCACUCCUCUUCCGGCGGUUCCUACACUCAUGGCUCCCCAUCUACACCAGAGCAUGAACGGGUCGCUACUGCCUCUUCCACCGCAGCCUCCGGCGGCUCCUAUGCCUUCUCAGAGGAACAUUAACUGCUUGUCGUUCUCAGCCACGACCACACUCCCAUCAAUUCAAGCUUCAGCGCUGGCGGGCAGUCACAAUCACGCCGCUGCCGCCGCCGGCGACUUCCAGACUAUGGAUGAGUACUCCGGCGCAGCAAUUAACCAAUUCCCGUGGAGUGACUCCUUGUUCUUUUGA